AGAAGGAGUAAGUGACCAGGGGCAAACAAACUGAAAACACAAAGCUUCCAGACUUUGGAGGUCUGCAUUGCAUGAUUCAUGGCCAGUGACAGGACUUGAGGACUUGAGACAUGAAGCUGAGUCAGAGGAGAUUUAGGUUAAGAUACCAGAAAAAAGUUUUUCACCCAGCGGAUGGCUGAGCAGGCUCACCAGGGAAGACAUAGCACCAGCCUGAUGGAGGUGAAGAUGUUUUUGGGCAAUACUUUCAGGCUUAUCUUCUUACAUUAAUUGAAUGACAGAAGUUAUGAAUCUGAUAUGUCUUGAGCUCUGCCUGUCCCUUCCUGAACAUCGCAUGGUUUUCAGCUACAUCACCAUUUUAUGCAUAAGUGACAGUACGUGCUGUACCUCUGCAGCUGUGCAAAUGCUCUCAUGAUUUUGGCCUAGUAUGUGAUACCAGGGUAAGGUCAUAUAAAUGAACACUUUCAGUAACAAAUUUGCUACUGCUAAUUUAGUUGUUUAUGAAGAAAUCAAAAUAAGCUGUCUUACAACUCACACCUUCCACUUGUGUGUGAAUAAAAUUGGAUUUCAAGAUAUAUCAAACAUUCUGGCAAACUGAAGAUGUGAAAUAUGUUCAUUUCAAACAGAAAAAUACUUCUAUACAUAUAACAUAUAUGACAGAGAACAUCCACAAAAUCUGAUUCAUGGAGACCAAAGGUGCAUAAGAAGGGUUUUAAUAUAGACUUUGUAUCAUAUAACUUUCAUAUAUCACCCACAUUAGUAUGAAAUAAAUUUUCUUUUUACAGAUAACCAUGUAAAUAUUACCAUGAAAAAUAUGGGACUUGUCUAUUUCUCUUUGAAAAAAGAAUGAAGCAGCCAAAAUGUUAAACAUUUUAGCAAUAAACAUUUGAGCAAUAAUGCAAUACUAUGAUUGCCCACAUUAACUGAAGAAAAUUAUUGCAGAAGCUUCUAGAGCCAUUGAGGAAAUUAUAUAAUAUAACUGCAACCAGAAAAUGUCAUGAAAGUUCAACCAGUCCAGCCCUCAUCUCUGACAGAGGAUCAGCUUACCUCAAUAUCCCUUGGAAGCAUUGCAACCUGUUUUUUGAUUUAACUUCUAGUCAGGGAUGGAUAAAAAUAGCCUGAGAAAUGAACAUCAGAACAUACAUCCAGAAAAUCAAGAGCUAGUGCGAGCUCUUCGUCAGCAGCUUCAAACUGAUCAGGAUGCUUCUGCUGGUGAUCGGCAUCACUUCUAUACAGAUAUGUCGUGUCCAGUCUGUUUGCAACAGGCUACAUUUCCUAUAGAAACGAACUGUGGACAUCUCUUCUGUGGUUCCUGCAUUAUUGCCUACUGGAGGUAUGGCUCAUGGCUGGGUGCCAUCCGCUGUCCGAUCUGCAGACAGACGGUAACACUAUUCUUACCACUCUUUGGUGAAGAUCAGCAGGGUGCAGCCCAAGUGUUUCAAGAUGUUAAUGACUACAAUCGAAGAUUUUCAGGACAGCCCAGAUCAAUUAUGGAGAGAAUUAUGGAUCUCCCCACUUUAUUGCGACAUGCUUUCAGGGAGAUGUUUUCUGUAGGGGGCCUCUUCUGGAUGUUUCGCAUCAGAAUAUUCCUCUGCUUGAUUGGAGCCUUGCUGUACCUGGCUUCACCUCUGGAUUUUCUUCCUGAAGCUCUGUUUGGAAUUCUGGGGUUCUUGGAUGAUUUCUUUGUCAUUUUUCUGCUGCUGAUAUAUAUCUCUAUCAUGUACAGAGAAGUGGUAACACAGCGUCUAAAUAGAUGAAAUGGCCAAAAGUGACCUAAAAGGAGAGUCAGUUGUGGAAUGUUUUAAAAAGAAAUCUAUAACAUAAGUAUGAUAUAGCAAGGUGCCUGUGUAUGAUUUCAGUAGUAACAAUUUCUUAGCUGGUUAUGUUAUACUAACAUAAAGGGUUAGUGUAUGGUGAUGCUUAACUGGAAUCUUUCAUUUGUGCAUUACAUAUGCUUCAUAAGGAUGAGGUUAGUUUUAUAAUGUUAUAAUAAACCACCUUCAUCUACUUCCACAUGAUGAACAACUGUGUAUAAUGAAAGCAGGAAACACUUUCUUUGGUGUGUUGUGAAAAAGGAGUUCUAGAAAAGUACUUCAAACAAUAAACCCCUUGCAUAAUCUAGAUGUGUAAGAAAAUUCAGAAAUUCUUCACAGUACAGUUAUCAUGACUAAAUUGUUUGAUGUCUCCCUGUUGUGGGCUAGAGAUUUUUGAAAUAAAAAUUGCUUUGUUUGUCUAUGGAAGAAGAAACCCAAGGACCGCAUUACAGUUAUCACUCUGCAGUUUGCUCUUGUCCACAUGCUUCAGAAAAAUAAGGAUAAUACCUUGGUAUUGCUUGAACUGCACUAUGUACCAUGCAAUUGUAUUGCAUGCAAUUUGUACCAUUUUAUUUUUAUAUUUGGGAAUAUAUACACAGUAUCUGCUCUACAUUGAGAAACCAGUAUUAUGCACGUCACACUCAUUAGUGCUCUAUUUUUUUGAGUGAGAGCAUGGUUUUUCUCUUCACACUUUUUUAUUUGGUAAGUAUAUAUCUUAGAAGCAGAGGUUUUGUGCUGCUUUCGGUCAAUGUGAUAUGUCUGAAAUGCAACUUUGCAUUUCUGUAUAUGCAUUAAAACAUUCGGCCAGUUGGAGAGGACACUUAAAUUCCAAAUAGUGGUUGAAAAAACGAAGUCAGAACUGGAUGUUUACAGUACAUGUACAUGUAUGUGUAAAGUGUAGAUGUUUACCCAAAUGUACAUUCUGCAAGAUAUGUGUACUAAACAACAUAGAUGUUGGGGUCAUUUUCAGUUGGAGUUUUCUUGUUUGGUUGGUUGUUUGGUUUGGAUGUCAAUAGAAGAGGUUCUGAAUUAUCUUGAAAAAUAGUCUGUGAUAAAGGACCAUAAAAAAAAUCUUGAAAAUGUUUUCAAAAAUACCAGGGUAUUAAUUAUCCUUAAAGCUGAUUUUUUUUUCAUUGCAAUUGAGCAUAGGCUAUCAUAGGUAUACAAGUAAUUUGAAAAUGCUCUCAUUUUGAGCAAUGAUUGUGACUAUAAAGGUCCAGGAUAUGACAGAUCAUUGUACUUUUUAGCUAGAGGAAUGAUAAUUGCAAUUUAACUUCCUGAGUACUUGAAAGACAGUGAAUUAAUAGGUGAUUCUUUGUGUGUUUACAUAUAUAGGUGAGGCUUAAAAUAAAAGGGACCUUUUCACCACUUCUGUGUUUUCCCCUUACAAGUGUCUUUCCACAGCUUCUAGCACUUAGGCAUGUGUAGGAAGAUGAUAGAGCUGAAACCUCAGGUGUCAGUCAUUGAGGGUGCAGAUUGUCCGUCAGUGUUCAAAAUGGCAUUGAUUUAAAACAAAGUUCACCGAUUCUCCAUUUGAAAAUUCAGUUUUGGAAAUCCAAGGCUAUUUUACAAACGAACUGGAAAGCUAAACUUUUCUUUGUUGCUGUUUGUUAGAGAUGGGCAAGAAGAGAAAAGAGAAGUGAAGCAAGAUUUGGAGGAAAAGAGCAAGAUAGAAAAUUACAUUUUUGGAAGCAAAUGCUAGCUAACUUUUCUUGAGCAUCUUGGUUGAGCUUUUCACCUUGUGUUGGCAUUGCUAAUGUAUGGUGAUGUUUUACUGGCUACCUCAGUUAAAACUCUUUAAGGUGUUAUUGAGUAAGGGUGAGAUAUUCAUAAGCUGUUAGGUGCAUUUAUAAAGCAAGAUAGUAGUUUAGGAUAUUAUGUAAGACAGGAUUUCACAGUUUUGCUGUAAGUAUUGUUUUUGGGUUUGGGGUUUUCUUUCCCAAGAAAUCUAGCUGAAAACAAGCCCCAAAAAUACUUUUUUGAUUGAGUAAAUUUAGCACCCUCUGUUCUCCUGGAGUUUAAGAGAAGAGUGUGAACUGCUCUUGUAUAGUAAUUGGAGUUUGUUCAUGGAAUUUGUUGAUCUGGUACUUUAUCCACACUUUUACCCUAUGAUUAUAAUUUUCCCACGACUCUCUAAAUCCAGAGUGGAUACAGAUGUACGUGAAUCUGCUUACUGAUUGGUUUUCUUUGAAUUUCCCAAUUUCAUGCGCUACUGUGAAGUUCAUGUGGAAAUUCCCUAUCCCAUCUAAGGGGAUCUUGAAUAUCUGAAAUCAUACACAAACCACAUCGGAAAGACUAUAUAAAGUUUCCCUAUGUUCUUUUUCUUCAGUACAUUUGUGAUAGCCAGAAGGGUUUCACUCAGAGGUUUCUGCUUACUUUUGAAUAUUGAGUAACAUUGUAAUCUUAAAUUCAGCACAUUAAAUGCUUGACAGAAUUAGAACUGUUCUUUUCAGCAAUAUGUGUGCUUGCCUGUGGAUAUUCUUUUCUGGUCCUGCAAGCCAAUGAUAAACAGUAUUAUGACUUGUUCAGGCCUUUUUGUGUAAUGCAAAGAUGCAUCUGUCCUGGAAUGUCUGGCCACUGCUCCUUUCCACAAAUCUGAAAUAGCUAUAAGUUAGCUAUCUUGGUAGUUAGCUUGAGCUUAACCUAAGCUCUAGAACUCCCAAGAAGCUGGAGAUUAAAAUAUGAGCAUGUAGUAUUCCUGAAUUGUGUGCUGCCAAGUUGUUUUGUCAGCAAUGUGAAAGGUAAGGGUUAGGGCUGAACAGUGGCUUCAGAAUGUGUGCAGAGUGACUGCAAACAUUGCUAUAGUUUUGUCUCCUAAGAUGGGGCAGGCGUGUCACUAAGGGGGGAAAAUCUAAAAAAGGAAAACUACAGCAGGAAGAUGUAUGGGGAUAAAACAGUUCUUAAAAGAUCACAUGGGCACCAAAAGCUAUGUGAAAUAUUUGAUUUCUCUAGCAAUAUUAACAAACAGGAAAACAAAAAUUUUACUUAAUAGCUCUUACAAAAUAACUUGUAGCAUCUUGAGGCCUAAUGAUCAUCGCUGUAUAGAGCGAUUCAUUUCUGUGCUAUUUGUGUGCCGCACCACUGAUGUCUGUGAGAAUCAGGCACAACAGUGUGGUUUGGGGAUACAAUUUUGCCAUCAGUUUCAUAAAACUGUAGCAGUAUGUUACACUAGAUUUUUAAGACAAAAGAAUUUAAAACUACUUAUUGUUACUUUUAAUGAGAAUAAACUGCUGUUAAAGAUA